AUGGGUCGCGAAAGACAGAAAAAGAAGAACAGGUCUUCUAUCUCCAAAGCGAGGCCGAAAGACAACAGGACAAAAGCUGGCAAGAAGAGGGUAAAUUUUCUGGGCAAUGAGACCAUUGCAAAGAAUUGGGAUCGAAAACUUACUCUAUCGCAAAAUUAUAAGCGACUGGGGUUGUCCUCCAGACUGAAUGCUGCUACAGGCGGUACAGAAAAGAAGGCGGACAGGGACAAGGACGACACAGAAGAUGUUAAAAGAGACUCGCUUGCGAUCGCCGGGCCACUGGCCGCCAAUCUGACCCCUCAAGAAGUCCAGGUCGAGAGAGACCCCGAGACAGGUCGUAUCCUCAGGAUCAUCCGACCGGAGACGGGCGAGGCGAACAAUAAUCCGCUUAAUGACCCUCUGAACGACAUUAUGGACGCUGAACCUUUACAGCCGCGACAGCAGCCUGCAAAUGGGAUCGUGGCAGAAUUGGAAGCACAGGCUGCAGAAGAGGAAAAGCUGCUAGCAAAGAAGAAGCGACCGCGACAGCAAAGCCAGCGGGAAGAAGAAUGGGUUGCCAAACUGGUGGAAAAACAUGGCGGCGAUAUCAAAGCCAUGGUAAGAGACCGGAAGCUCAAUCCAAUGCAACAGACAGAGGGCGAUAUCGCUCGCAGGGUCAAGAAGUGGAAGGCAAACCAUGGAGAAGUCACGACAUGA